AUGGGCAAAAAGCCAGGAAAGAAGGAAGAGAAGCAGACCAGGUCACAGUGGGAGGGCAAGCACCCAGAACCGAAAUCAAGAGUCGAUGAGAGGAAGGUGGUUGCAACGGUAAAGCUGCCUGGCAAAGUGUGUAACCUGCUGGAGUUCAAGCUGGACUGCAGCCCGUCCACGAAGAUCUCUUUCAUAGUUGAUCGAAUUGUCGACCGCCAUGGCGGGUCCAUUAGUGACCUCUCCGUGUGCGUCAACCGAUUCCAUCCCGAAGAGAUCGUUGGCAGGGACAAGACGCUGGAACAAUGCGGUGUCUUUGGAGGGGAGUGCUUGAUAUACUACGACUUUGUCCCGCGGGCCGGUGCGCUGCUGGCGUGA